CUUGUCUCCACUUUAGUAAGUUCCAGUUUCUCGUAGAUGUCGGAGGAAUGUCGUGUGGACCAAAAAACUUUACAUUAAGGAGGACGAUGGAAUACCGCCGCACUUCGCUUCGUUUCUUAUUUGUGUAUUUAUUUGUUAACAACGUAUUUAUUGUGAUCCAGUCAAAAGAACAUGUGCUGCUUGAUAUGAAGGCUGCCGGAAGUGAGUUGGGUUGGUUGACCUGGCCGAAUGAAGAGGGGUGGGAGAUUGUCCAGACGGUGGUGAACGGCUCUCUCCUGUAUACCUACAGCGUGUGCAAUGUCGCCAGUGACGUCGAACAGGACAACUGGCUUCGCACCACAUUUAUCCAGCGUGGGCUCGACAUUUCUCGUGUCACCGUAGAGCUACGCUUUGUGAUCCGGGACUGCAACUCAUUCGGCGGCUCUUCACCAUCUUGUCGAGAAACCUUCGGCCUCUACCUAGGCGAAACUGACACGGAUGUCGGCACAAACUUUCGCAAAGGCCAGUUCAAAAAAAUAGCAACUGUAGCGCCGGAUGAAGUAACAGCCAAUCGCGGAGGGGGCCGAGCCGAUCUGCGGGUGAACGUUGAGAGGCGGAGCAUCGGACCCCUCUCCAGAAGGGGGUUCUACUUAGCCUUCCAGGAUCUAGGGAGCUGUGUUGCUGUCCUGGGUUUGAAGGUUUUCUACACCACCUGCCCAGCCAUGAUGAGAAGCCUGGCCGCCUUCCCCGAGCAGGUGGCAUCAAGUGCCUUGGCGGAGGUGGAGGGCACCUGUGUGAAGGACGCAGUUGUGGUUGGAGACGCUACUCCACGAAUGUACUGCACUUCUGAGGGAGAGUGGGUCGUUCCUGUGGGCCAGUGUAUCUGCCGAGCGGGAUACCAAGCUGUUGGAGAAACCUGCAAAGCAUGUGAACCGGGCUACUACAAGAGCACAGAUUCCAGCCAGCCAUGUCAAGCGUGUCCGGAUAACACCCAACGCUCGGGUCACGGAGCGCUCCUGUGUCCAUGCCUGGAAGGCUUCUACCGGGCCCCGACGGAUCCCAACUCUGCACCCUGCUCUGCUCUUCCUAGCCCACCCCGAGACAUAGUCUACGCCCCCCUUCUGACAGCAGGGAGUUUGCAACUGACCUGGCGCCCCCCAGCAGACACGGGCAGGCGCAGUGACAUUACCUACAGCGUGGCAUGCGAGCGCUGCGAGGGUGUUCUGUGUUUGCCGUGCGGCGGUAGGGUGCGAUUCGAGCCCACGCAGACGGCCUUGAAAGACCCCGAGGUUGUGGUUAGUGAGCUGGAACCUCAUGUUAACUACACGUUUACGGUGGAGGCUCAGAGCGGUGUGUCUCAGUUCAGCCGGCAGAAAGCCACGGCUAGCAUCACAACGGUGCUUCAUUUCACAGAUGGUCCCAGGGUGUUGUACCUACGAGUGGAAGAUCGGACCACCAACAGUCUGACUUUAUCGUGGGUUGUGGACCACCAUGUGCAGAACCAUGUCACCCCCCGCUAUGAGCUCAUGUACCGCAAGAAGGAGGAUCCCGGAGAGCUGGAUAUCACCACCUACAACGUUCUGGUCUUGGAAAAGAAUUUCGUCCAGAUUAAUGAUCUCUUACCGGGCACAAAGUACGUGUUUCGCGUUCACACUCUCACGGCAGAAGGUCACCCUAGCAGCCACAGCGCAGAACUUGAGUUGGAGACAUUGGCUCUCGCCGAAUCUCAAACUCAGAAUAGUUCAAUGGUUGUCAUGGGAGCCAUCGCUGGGGGUGGAGUCAUGUUGUUGAUCGUCGUGGUCAUUUUGCUGCUACACAAAAGGUGACUGAACUCGCAUGUUCGACAGAGAGUUGAUGGAGAUUACUUCUCAUGUCCAGAAAAACUCCUUCCUUUGACUACCUACAUUGACCCCCAUACAUACGAGGACCCCUGUGCAGCCGUCCUCAAGUUUGCAAGUGAAAUUCCUCCUAGUCAUAUCACCAAGCAGAAGGUCAUCGGUGCAGGAGAAUUCGGUGAAGUUUUUCGCGGUUCUCUGAACGUACCGGGACGCUCUGAAGUCGCUGUAGCCAUAAAGACGCUGAAGCCCGGCUACACCGAAAAACAGAGACAAGACUUUCUCAGUGAGGCCAGCAUCAUGGGACAGUUUGCUCACAAGAACAUAAUCCGCCUGGAGGGUGUGGUCACUAAAUUCAAACAUGCCAUGAUUAUUACAGAGUAUGUGGAGAACGGAGCUUUGGAUCAAUAUUUAAGGGACCACGAUGGCGACUUUUCCUCGUAUCAGCUCGUGGGCAUGCUCAGUGGCAUAGCGGCGGGUAUGAAAUACCUCUCCGACAUGAACUACGUCCACAGGGACCUUGCCGCUCGCAACGUCCUGGUUAACGGAAACUUGGAGUGUAAGGUCUCCGAUUUUGGUCUUUCACGAGUGCUGGAGGACUUUCCUGAAGGAACCUACACAACCACAGGAGGCAAAAUUCCUAUUCGUUGGACGGCACCAGAGGCGAUAGCACACAGGAAGUUUACGUCAGCCAGUGAUGUGUGGAGUUUUGGCAUAGUCAUGUGGGAGGUGAUGUCAUUCGGAGAGAGACCCUACUGGGACAUGAGCAAUCAUGAGGUGAUGAAAUCCAUAAAUGAAGGCUUCAGGUUGCCGGCGCCAAUGGGCUGUCCAUCUGCCGUCAACCAGCUCAUGCUUCAGUGCUGGAUGCAAGACCGCUUCAAACGACCACGCUUCGUUGAUUUUGUCAACUUGCUUGAGAAGCUGCUUCGUAACCCAGAAUCCCUCUCGGCCAUCGCCAGUAUCGAUCCACGGGUCUCAAUUCGGUUACCAAGCACAAGUGGUAACGAUGGCGCCCCCUUCAGGUCAGUGGAUGAAUGGCUGGAGUCGAUCAAGAUGGGCCAGUACAGAGACACCUUCGCCCGUGCUGGAAUUAAAACUGUGGAACAAGUGUUGUGCUUGAAAAUUGAGGACAUUAGGAACAUCGGUGUGCGAUUGCCGGGCCAUCAGAAAAGAAUAGCAUACAGCAUUCUGGGUCUCCAAGACCCGGCCUUGGAUUUGUUUGCAGUGUGACCGUCCGAUGAUGCACAGUUGAGCUGGCUCACACUGGAUUUCAAAGCUAGCUAUCUUCCAGGAUUCCCUUUGGAAAGGAGAAUGUUUACUGAUAUUUCAAUGAUUUUUCAUCACUUUCUAAGCUUUUUUUUAGAAAUGACUAUAUAUAAAAUUCAUUGUACAUGGGACCCUUAUUUUUCUCUUGUCACUUUUUAAAAGCCAUAUUAAUAAUGUGGGCGUAUGAUGGUUUGGUUCGAGUACUGUAACUGUUGUCCUCAGCUCUGAUGAUCUGACAAAUGAUAAACUGGACUGUUUUGAGCGAUGAUACUAUGAAGGGUACGUCAUAGUAACCUUGAGGACCAGGUUUUCAUGCCUUAUUGGGCAUAUAUACAAAUGCUAUAUGAAUAAGUCCACAUAUUCAACAGAGUUGUUAUGUGUUGAAGUCUGUAAAAUUACAGUUGUAUAAAGGUUAGUAAAUGUUAAAUGGUCUUUGUUUUCAGUCAGCAUGUUGACUGCCUGUUUUAUAUUUAAAGAUAGCACAGGAAGUUUACAUGUCUUAUUAUAGCUCUUUUUUUUAUUUAAUAUUUAUUUUUUUAUUUAUUGUCUGUGUUUGUAAAGAAAAAUG